AUGACUGUGGAAUCCGACAGCGACAGGGGAAUAUCGGGCAGCGGUCACGAAAAAAGCCCCAGGGCUCGCGAUCGCAAUGGUUAUGUGAAAACAUGUGUUACUCCUCUGUCCCAGAACCCGGAGUGUGGAUCGUGGGUGAAAACAAUAUUCACUAAAAUAUGGAGUUCUAAAGGACUGUCAUCUGCGGUAUGCGUGGGGUCGCUUUCGGUUUUUCUCGCUCUGGUGGUUAAAUUUGUAGACUGGGAAAUCGAGCACAACCGCAGCAGUAGUAGCAGCAGCAGCAGCAGCAGCAGCAAUAACAGACGGUCCGGGUCUCCGAUUCAUUUCACGUCAAGCUGCGCGGGGGAGCUAUUGCUAACUUGGUGGCAUCUGGUUUCUCCCGUCUUCACCCUCGUAUGUGCCUUCUUCUGGGUCGGCUUGUAUCUGAUCCGCUGUGGAGUCCUAAUCAAAACAGCCCUUUUCCUCUUGACCGCCUGCCAUUUGGGCGAAGCGGCGGCGCAGUCGUUGUUGCGCGGCGCGGAUGAUCAGUUGCUCUCCUUCACUGCGACCGUGGUGGUGCUCGCGUGCCUGGCAAGCGGGGCACUCAUGGUGGUGAAGCUCAAGCAGGGAAUCUCAGUGAUCGUUUUCAUCAGCAUCGUCAGGACAAUCUCGCUCAUUUCUUUGAACAAAGUACGGGCCAGCUGGAGACCUUACUUGGGUUACGUGGUCGGAGUGCUGGGCAUCCUACUGGCGAGGUAUGCUGACAAGCUCCUGCCGAACCAAGGAAUACACCAGGAGGGUUGUACCUCCGUGACUGGAUCGAAGGAAGAGAUCCCGGUAUUUAAAAGGCGAAGGAGGUCCAGCUCCGUAAUAUCCUCAGACAUGGCACACAGUCAGUCCAACAGCAAGUCUCACCGGCGGACUUCGCUGCCAUGCAUUCAAAGGGACCAGAUGCUCUCCCAGUCAGAAUGGGAUCACAAGCGUGGCCCCCGAGGAUCUCAGUCCUUGGGCACCACCGUGACAGUGGACAUUGCGGUGAUGGGAGAGGCCCACGGGCUCAUCACCGACCUGCUGGCCGACCCCUCUCUGCCCCCCAACACCUGCAGCUCCUUGCGGGCUGUCAGCAACCUGCUCAGCACCCAGCUCACCUUCCAGCCCCUGCACCGGCCCCGCGUCAACCCCCUGGGGUCCUUCAGCGACGCCUACACUUGCUCCGACUCCGAGGAGGGCCCUGAGAAGGGCGAGAAGCUGGCCAUCCCAAAGCGUCUGAGGAGGAGCCUCCCGCCGGGCCUGCUGCGCAGAAUCUCCUCCACCUGGACCACCACCACCUCCGCCACGGGCCUGCCCACCCUGGAGCCGGGCCCCGUGCGCCGGGACCGCAGCGCCAGCAUCAAGCCCCUCCACGAAGGCUCCGCCUGCAGGUCCAUGUCUGCAUCCUACGCCACCUCUGCUGCCACAAACCACCUCUACGCCAAACGGCAGGGCAGACCAGGUUUUCCGCCCGUCAACGUCUCCCCCCUGGUGUCUCCGUGCCAGUCCCCUGGCCAGGGGACCCCUGUGUCUAGCCCAAUCAGCAAGGUCCCCUCUGUGGACCUGCCGGAGCCCGCGGAGUUGCUGAGCGAGCGCGCUCCGGGCGCGCACAAAGCCUUAACCCACACUCGCAGCGCGCCGGGGUCCACUGCCCAACACUCCGUCUGCAGCAGCUGCGGAAGACCAUACAGCGUACUAAGCCAUGGGGAGGGGUCGAUGGACAGGGGAGACAGAAUACGCAGAACAGAUGACCCAGCGAUGGCUUCGUCCGACUAUGACAGCACCCACGAAACCAACAACAGUGACAGCAGUGACGUUACACAGAAUGAGGAAGAUCCCGAGAACGCCAAAAAGCCCGUAGAUGGCCGGGUGGGAUGCAGGACAUACCCGUCUGAGAGCAUUAUCCUGCACCCGCUAAUACUCCCAGAGGACAAACCCAUCCUGGCCCCCGAACCACUGGUGAUGGAGGAGCUGGAGCCCCUGAUGAGCCAGCUCAACAACUGGAACUUCCCAAUCUUCAACCUGGUGGAGAAGACCCACGGCAAGUGCGGCUGCAUCCUCAGCCAGGUCUCGUACCGGCUGUUUGAAGACACAGGACUCUUCGAGACGUUCAAGAUCCCGGUGCGGGAGUUCAUGAACUACUUUCACGCCCUGGAGAAUGGCUACAGAGACAUACCAUAUCACAACAGGAUCCACGCCACAGACGUACUUCAUGCAGUCUGGUACCUCACCACACAGCCCGUCCCAGGCCUCCCCAGCCUCAAUGACCAUGGCUCUGCCAGUGAUUCGGACUCGGACAGCGGCAUCACCCACAGCCACAUGGGUUUCCUGAUGUCCAAGACGUACGCGGUGUCGGAGGACGGCUACGGCUGCCUGUCGGGCCUCAUCCCCGCCCUGGAGCUGAUGGCACUGUACGUGGCGGCUGCCAUGCACGACUACGACCACCCCGGCAGGACCAACGCCUUCCUGGUGGCCACCAGCGCUCCGCAGGCGGUGCUGUACAAUGACCGCUCUGUGCUGGAGAACCACCAUGCAGCCUCCGCCUGGAACCUCUUCAUGUCCCGCCCUGAGUACAACUUCCUGGUCAACCUGGACCACCUGGAGUUCAAGCGCUUUCGAUUCUUGGUCAUCGAGGCCAUCCUAGCAACCGACCUGAAGAAACACUUUGAUUUCCUGGCUGAAUUCAACGCCAAGGUGGGCGACGACGUGGGCUCAGGCAUUGACUGGUCCAAUGAGAAUGACCGGCUGCUGGUCUGUCAGAUGUGCAUCAAGCUGGCCGACAUCAACGGGCCGCUCAAGUGCAAGGACCUACACCUGCAGUGGACCGAGGGCAUCGUCAACGAGUUCUACGAGCAGGGUGACGAGGAGUCCAGCCUGGGCCUUCCCAUCAGCCCCUUCAUGGACCGCUCGGCGCCGCAGCUGGCCAAGCUGCAGGAGUCCUUCAUCACCCACAUCGUGGGGCCGCUCUGCAGCUCCUACGACUCGGCCGCCCUCAUGCCCGGCCGCUGGGUGGAGCCCGCCGAAGGCGAGGAGGAGGAGGAGGAAGGGGCGGACACGGACGAGAACGAGGAUGACACGGCUGAGGAGGAUGCCUCCACGGGCUCUGAGGCCUCCCAGAAACGAAGCCCCAAGAAGAGGAGGAAAGUCUUCUGCCAGAUCACCCAGCACCUGCUGGAGAACCACGAGAUGUGGAAGAAGGUGAUCGCCGAGGAGGCUCAGAAGCAGGAGGAGGAGGAGGGGGCAAAACGCCUCGGCAACCCCACCGAGCCAAUCCUGGCCAUCCACGAGGAGGAGGAGGAGUCAGCGAGCAAAGAGGAGGAGCCCACGGAGGGCCAGGAGCGGGAAGCAGAGACGGAGGAGGAGGAGACAGGGCCCCUAGAGGAGGAAGAGGCCCCGGCGACCGAAACCACACCGGAAGAGGAGGCGGAGCCACAGUGA